AUGCACAGCCAAAGACUGGCCUUCCUUGGUCCCAUAUUGACUCUAUCUUGCAUUUUCACCUUGGCCUGUGCAAAGAUAAACAGAAGAGCUGUGGUCACCGCAUUCAACCCCAGCCGAAAUGCGAGCGCAGAAACUCCCAUGCAAGUAGGAAAUGGUGAUCUCGUUUUCUCAGUGGAUGUGACAGGUCUCCAGACUUUUCGACCAUUCAACACGCUCUCUUCUUGGGGCUGGCAUAAUUCUUCGUUGCCCACAACCCCCGGACAGACCAGUAUCAGCGACUUUACCGGUCUGGAGUGGUGGACCCAUGGUCGACUGGUCACGUACAACCAGCCAAACCCAGCAGAGGCCGCGAUCUCACAGUGGUUGAUCUCGAACCCUCAUCGAAUCAAUCUUGUGCGGAUUGGCUUCUCUUUUGGAGGGAAUGAUACCUCGGAAAGCGACCUUUCGGACACAACGCAGUACCUCGAUCUUUACACUGGCGUAAUCCACUCGGCCUUUACCAUUGCCGGAUCUGGAGUCAAUGUCCGGACAGCCGUUGACCCUGAGAGUGACACCAUUGCGGUAGAGAUAAACUCGAUGCUUUUGCGCCGGGGGGGCGGCCUGGGUGUAUUCUUCGACUAUCCUUAUGCCAGCGGAAAGAACAAGUUCGACGCCCCUUUUGUCGGUCUCUUCAACGCCACCUCUAAUCACACGACGAGUCUCCAAGUCCAGGCUCAAGGUGCAACGAUACAGCACGACCUAGAUGCCACUCGAUACUUCACCAACAUCCAGUGGCAAGGAAACGCCAGUAUCGAAGGACCAGUGCCAUCAAGCCAUCGAUAUCACCUGUCUCUCGACGACAAAAGGGACCAACUCUCUUUCACGGUAGCAUUAAGCCCCGUCCAAACCAAGUCGACUGCCGUAGCACAAUCUGUGCAACAGGCUUCAGCAACGUGGUGGGAGUCAUACUGGAACCGUGGAGCCUUCCUCUCUCUCCCAAUGGACAGUCAACACCCACGCGCAAGCGAGCUCCAACGUAGAGUCAUUCUCUCACAGUAUCUCGUCACGAUCAACGGAGGUGGCCGUGAUCCUCCGCAAGAAUCUGGCCUCACCAACAAUGGCUGGUACGGGAAGUUUCAUCUCGAGAUGGUGAUAUGGCACUCGCUUCAAUUUGGUCUGUGGGGCAAAGAAGACCUUCUCGAGCGACACGACGACAUCUAUCAGCGAUUUCUCCCUGCUUCAUACCAGAGGGCAAAGGAUCAAGGCUACGAAGGAGCGCGAUGGGGCAAAAUGUCCGAUCCUUCUGGUCGCUCUGCUCCAGGCGAGAUCAAUUCCCUACUCAUCUGGCAACAGCCUCAUCCAUUCUACUUCGCCGAAGCCGAGUACGAUCGGAAACCAAACAUUCAAACAUUGAAGAAGUGGGACGAAGUGCUGACCGCCUCGGCGGAUUUCAUGGUAUCUUACGCUUUCAAUAACCAGUCUGCGGGUGUCUUGCAGCUGGGUGCGCCUAUGUAUCCUGCGUCCGAGAACACUAAUCCCAAUGCAACCGUCAAUCCGACUUUCGAGCUCGCGUACUGGAAAUUUGGGCUCGAAAUCGCUAUACAAUGGAAGCAGAGACAGAACCUGACGAUCCCGCAGGCAUGGAAACAGAUCACAGACGAUCUGCCUCCAAUGCCGGUGGAGAACGACACGUAUGUCAUCUACACCGGCGUGCCCGACAUGUGGAACAACCCCGACCUCACAUCUGACCAUCAAACGAUGGCCAUGAUAUAUGGGUUCAUCUCCCCGCCUUCUGACUUCAAUAUCACGAUCUUUCACAACACCAUGAAUAGAAUCUACCAAACCUGGAAUUUCACGGAAUCCUUUGGAUGGGAUUUCCCUAUGAUGGCCAUGGCUGCCGCUCGCUUAGGUCAAUAUGAUCGUGCAGUGGAUUUCUUACUGCACCCUGCGUUCCAAUUUGACGAUGUUGGCAUGCCCAUUGGAGGGUCGAGGGUGCCAACUCCGUACUUCCCUGGUAGUGCAUCCUUGCUGAUGGCAGUGGCCUUGAUUUCCGGAGGUUGGAAUGAUAAUCCUGGCAUGAAGUUCCCCGCGGAAUGGGGAGUCCUUGCGGAAGGAUUUAGGCCGGCAUUUUUCUGA